AUAAUUACUGAAGGAUAGAUGGAGAGUUUAAUUGUUGAAUGGAAACGGAAGGUGAUUGGGUAAAGCAGCAUAAUUCAAAGAACCCAAAAAAUGGAACCAAAAUUGUCAAUUAGAUUAGAGUAAAAACCCGAAAAAAAAGGCAAAAAUAGGUUUGCUUAAUGCAACAUUGACAAUAAUAAAAGCGUAUUUACAACCAAAAGGAAACAGUUGGAAGCAUGAAAUUCACUUUUGACUGAAUCAGUGAACACCGGAAAAUUAAUAGUUAACAAUUAAUCAAACAGCCAAGGUAAUUGUAGCACGAAAAAAAGUGACUUUAAGAAAUAUCCUUUUUGUUGUUGUUUUUUGAUUUACAUUUAUAAUCUCACCUUGACUAAAACCUUUGGUUUAGUAGUUAACUCUACUUUGAUCAAGUAUAAUAUACAACUUACUGAUCAAGGAAUGUCAACAAUGCCCUCUGUUUAAUUCAAUUUUGAUUUCAACAGGAUAGUUGAUUUUAAUUUCAUGUCUAUUUGGUGUCAAUCCAAAUUGUUACACAUACAUAGAGUUGACUCGAUAAAGUUCAUAGUAAACAAAUAAUAACCUAUUUUUGAUCAAAUUUAUGUGCUACACUCAUUUUAAUUGAAACGAUUAGCUAAUUGGAAACAAACAUGGCUCCUAAUAUUAAAGUUGAACCAUUUGAUGAUAAUUUCAUGAAUGUUUCUCCAAAUGGUUCACCCAAUGGAUCACCCAAAGGAUCACCCAAAGGAUCACCUAAAGUGUCAUCUAAAAGUGAACCCAAAGAUGGAGUUAAAGUACCAACUAGAAAAUCCGUUACAUAUGUUGAACCGGUUAACCAGGAUAAUCAUAAAUAUCGUUUACAAAUUGUUUGGAGGAAUGUUGUUAUAUUUGCUUUGCUUCAUAUUGGUGCUAUUUAUGGAUUUUAUUUGUGCUUAACUCAAGCUAAAUGGACAACUGUUGCCUUUGCGUAUUUUCUUUAUGUGUAUAGUGGCCUUGGAAUAACCGCUGGUGCUCAUCGAUUAUGGUCUCAUCGAUCAUACAAAGCCAAAUGGCCUCUCAGGCUUUUUUUAGCUGUUGCAAACACAAUAGCUUUUGAGAAUGAUAUUUACGAAUGGACAAGGGAUCAUCGAGUUCAUCAUUUAUAUUCUGAAACUGAUUCUGAUCCUCAUGAUUCACGAAGAGGCUUCUUCUUUGCCCAUGUUGGCUGGUUAUUAUGUCGUAAACACCCAUCGGUCAUUGAAAAGGGUAAAAAGGUUGACUGCAGCGAUGUUCUUAAAGAUCCAAUAGUCCGUUUCCAAAGAAGAUAUUAUCUUCCUUUGGUGAUUACCUGGUGCUUCAUUAUUCCAACCAUAAUUCCCUAUUUUGCUUGGAAUGAGUCUCUUUGGAUAAGUUACUUUGUUUGCAGUAUAUUCAGAUAUUGUUUUACUCUUAACAUGACUUGGCUGGUUAAUAGUGCUGCUCAUAUGUGGGGUAAUCAACCAUAUGAUAAGUCGCACAAUGCUCGUGAAAAUAUUGGAGUUUCCCUUGGAGCAAUUGGUGAAGGUUUUCACAACUAUCAUCAUACAUUCCCUUACGAUUACUCUGCUUCUGAGCUUGGUUGGGAGUUUAAUUUAACCAAAUUUUUCAUCGAUUCGUGUGCUGUCCUAGGCCUUGUAUAUGACAGACGUAAAGUCUCUAAAGAAGUUCUAAAGCGAAGGGUCCAAAGAACAGGCGAUGGAUCGCAUCAUCAUCAUCAUCAUUAAUCUUUGAUUAUUUUGAAGGAUACAUAGACCAAAUCUAGAUUCAUUAUGAAAUAUGUUUAAGGUCGAAGGAUUUUAUUAAGUAAAAUUUUAAAAUUAGAUUUAUAGGACCAAAAGAAAUUUUAUAUUCGAAAUUGAUCAAGCAAAGCUUUGGAAAAAUCAAAAGUCUUUCGAUCGCUAAAGGCCUUAAAUCUUGAGAUUUUUGAAUCUUUGAAUCUUUGAGUCAAUUUGAAAAUCGAAUGUUAAAAAUUGUAUGUUCCAGAGUUAUUUUUUUGCCAGACCUAAGCUAAACUUUUACUGUAAACUUUUAUCUUUACUAGUGAAUUGAAUUCAUUGAUCAAACUGACAAUGCAAGUUUCAAUAAAGUCAUGAUUGCACAUCAGUUGGUAAUUCUUAAUCUUAAUGAUUUCAAUAAAAAUUGAACAAUCCAAUGAA